AUGAACCCUCCAGCCUUUAUAGGAGGACCUGAUCUAGUGGUGGCGAAGAACUGGGUAAAGGAAAUAGAGGAGAUCAUGAUUGUACUCGACUGCACGGAUGAGAAGAGGGUCCGUUGUGCCGCCUUCAAGAUGACUGGAAAAACAAAGCGCGAGGAGAAGAUUAAGGAGUUUACUAAUCUGACCCAGGGAGAUAUGACAGUUGUGGAGUAUGCGGCUAAAUUUGUGGAACUGUUGUGUUUUGCUCCAUUUUUGAUCCCAAAUGAAGUAAGGAAAGCCAGGAAAUUUGAGAAAGGCCCGAGGCGCAAGAUCUACGAGCUGGUGGUCGGGUUUCAGGUCCAGAGUUUUACAGAACUAGUUGAUAAAACUUCGGUGUUGGAGAAGAGUAUCCAGGGCAGCACCGAGCCUUCAGAGCAGAAUAAGAGACUUGCACCAUCUAGUUUCUAA